UUCGCGGCCGGAUAAUCCACGCAAGCGACUACGUCACUUCUCGACUUGCCUGGCGCAUCGGCCGAAUUCCAAUAUCCUACAUUGCUCAAUCACAGCCAGCGCAUCGCCGCGCAACUAGUUGCCAACGUUAGCCGGGACUUUGACAGUUGGAGAACCAGCCGCCACCAUGUCGCGGGUAAUGAGGAGUGUCAGGAAUGUCACAAAGGGCUAUUCCAGUACUCAAAUUAAGGUCCGAGAAGCGACGAGCAAUGACCCAUGGGGUCCGACAGGCACGCAAAUGAGCGAGAUCGCUCAGAUGACUUUCAACACAUCUAGCGAUUUCUACGACAUUAUGGAUAUGCUCGAUAAGCGCCUGAACGACAAGGGCAAGAACUGGCGACACGUCCUGAAAGCUCUAAAGGUUCUCGACUACUGUUUGCACGAGGGAUCGGAAUUGGUAGUGAGCUGGGCUCGCCAAAGCAUCUACAUCAUCAAAACCCUGCGCGAGUUCCAGUAUGUAGACGAGGAGGGUCGCGAUGUUGGCCAGAAUGUCCGCAUUGCCGCCAAGGAAAUCACUUCUUUAAUCCUCGACGAGGAGCGCCUGCGUGCGGAGAGGAGUGACCGAAAAUCGUGGAAGUCACGCGUCACUGGGCUCGAAGAAUUCCCCCCUCCAGGCAUGGAAGAUUCCGCCACGGGCCCAAGCCGCGACCGCCGCGGUCAGCGUGAGAGGAGACCGAACAACGAAGAGGAAGACGCAGAGUACAAGCUCGCGCUCGAGGCGAGCAAAUACCAGGAAGAAGAAGAUCGCAAGAAGAGAGAAGGUCGCACUCAGGUGGGCGACGUUGAUGACGAUCUGGCCAAAGCUAUCAAGCUGAGCAAGGAAGAGGAGGAGUAUCGCCGCCGAGAGCUCGAGGCAAGCAACGCAGCCUCCUUGUUUGACGACUCGCCAGCACAGGCUGCCCAGCCAAGUUAUACCGGAUUCAACGGAGGUUACCAGCAGGGAAACCAAGUUGAUUGGUUCGCGAACCCGGUAGACCAAAACCAAAGCCAGAACCAGAUGCAGACUCAACCAACUGGUUUCAUGUCCAACGCCUAUACGGGCUAUCAACAACCUCAGGCUACAGGCUUCCAGAAUACGUUCAGCACUCCGUUUGGCACUCAACCUACUGGAGCGAAUCCUUAUGGCCAGCAGCAGCAGCAGGGCUUCCAGCCCCAGCCUACUGGGUACAACCCUUACGGCCAGCAGCCGCAGGCACUCCAGAAGCAGCCGACAAUGCUCCAGUCUCCCGUUGAUGGACCUGGACCCUCGGCCGGCACGAACAAUCCAUGGGCGACGAAUAGCAGCAGUAAUGAUCACGCUGCGGCCAUGAAGCCGACGCCAACUGGCUCUAAUAACCCGUUUGCGCAGUUCAACCGGCCAUCCUCCGCCCAGCCGACCAUGAAUAGCCUGGGAGCUGUGCCAGAGCAGAAGACCCUGGCGUCUUUCCAAUCUCAGCCUGGACAACUGCAACAGCAGCCCUCCUUUGGCCAGCAGCAGCAGCAGCAGCAGCAGCCCUCAUUCAACAACCCGCAGCAGAAGGAGCUCAACGAACACGAGUCAAAGCUCAACUCUCUGCUUGCUACAGGUGAUGGAAUGGACACGUACGGAAACACUGGACAGAUGCGUAUUCCGGCACAGCACACUGCCCCCGGAACCUUUGUCAACAGUGCAGGCUCCGGCAUCAACCGCCUCCAAGCAGAGCAGACCGGCAACAACCCUUUCUUGCGACAGCAGUUCACUGGCAUGCCAUCUGUCAGCUACGGAAACCAGCCUCACCCCCCUGUGCCCGCACUUCCCGCUGGCAUGAAUGGCCAAGGGACUAACAAUCCGUUUGGCCAGCAACAGCAGCCUGGACAGCAGCAGAACCAGGACCUCAUUCAAUUUUAGCCGAACUCGGCAAAUGCAGUGGCGUUUCGGGGCUUCGUGUGUUUCAACAUUUUACUUCUAGCCCUCGUUCGGAUCCGAAUUCCCAAUCCCCAAUUCUAGGCGGAACCUUUUUGAUUCAUUUGACGCCCUGCCCUCUCAUGCUUGCUCUUCUCGUCUGACAUCAGUAUUGCUACGGGAGGCUGAAGUGUGGUUAUCUUUGUCGGAUACUGAUUACAUGGGGCGGGCGGACAUUGGCCCUGAGGUAGAUAGCGCGUUCUCAGAUCCCCAGACCUAGAUUUACAUUCCACAAUUGAUGUAUGGGGUAGUAGUCAUGGUUACUUUCGUGCCUUCAUCGUGAAUCUGAUGGGCGU